AUGGUACAAUCAAAGAAGUUCAGAGGUGUCAGGCAGCGCCAGUGGGGUUCUUGGGUGUCAGAAAUCCGCCAUCCUUUACUGAAAAAAAGGAUUUGGCUUGGGACAUUCGAGACGGUCGAGGCCGCGGCCAGAGCAUACGACCAAGCGGCGGUCCUAGUGAUCGGCCACAACGCAAAGACGAAUUUCGCUCUCCCAAACGGCUCCCGAGAAAUAAACGAGCCCCCAAGCCCGGAAGCGGCCCCGCGUGCAGAGGUGCUCGAAGCCAAGCUAAAGAAAUGCUGGAAGUGGAAGAAUCCGGCCACGUCAAUCACGUGCCUGAAUUAG